AGUUUUUAAAUUGUUGUUUUCCAUCCAUUCAACCAAACCAAACCAUGAUAAAAAAACAAACAAAAAUUUUAAUGCCAGUUAUCACUUAAAACAAAAAAUAAUUUUCUAUUUUUCUUAUUUUUUUUUUUGUAAUUUUAAUAAUGAUGGUGUGGUAUGGUGUAUUUUAGCUUUAUAAUUGGCUUUAAAUUACAACAAAUUUAGUACUAAAUAAACUUUUGAAAAUAGUUAACAAAAAAAAAAAUAGUAUAUUGUAUAUACAUACAUACAUAUAAAAAAGAAUAAUAACCACAUAACAAGAAAAAAAAAAAUUAAAUAGCAACAUUAAAAAAAUAAAUUUUUUUUUUUUUAAGAAACAAUUAGAAAAUUUUUACACAGAGAGAAAAAAAACCCAUUAUAAUUUUAUGUCGAGUUAAAAAAAAAAAAAAAAAUUAUGUACAAUUAUUGUUAUUUAAGAGAAAAAAUUUCAAUUUUUAAGAGAAAAACUAUUUAAAAAUUAUUUACAGUAAAAAUUAUUUGAGUAUAUUAAAAAAAAAAAAUUAAUUAGCAAAAAAGGAUAACAAACAGAGUAUAUUCAAAACAAAAUCAUCUUUAAUUUAUUAAUUGGGAUAAUAUAUGAAAUGAUUCGCCAUGUGGACAUAUAUGAUGGCCGCAGCCCGUGGAGAACGGGCAAAUUCUAUGAUAAAUCGACGAAAUAAUGACGCUGAAUCUCCACGUUAUGAUUUUAAGUGUUAAAAAUUAAAAAUAAAAAUAAAAAAUAAAAACUGAGGCAACAUAAAUGUACCAUUUUGCUUAAAAAGUGAAUUGUCAACUGGGGGUUUUAUAAUUUCGUUUUUUAAUGUUCAAUUAUGCUAUAUGAUCACAAGAACAGUAUAUAAAGAUUUCUACAAAUACCAGAGAAAAAAUGUUAUCGUAAAUUUGUGAAAAUGCAAUCAACUAUAAACAAAAUGUCAUUUUGUGUACAAAGAUUACCCGACAACAAUAAUUCUAAUCAAAAAAAAAAUUAUCAAUAUAUUCAUCAAAUAAAAUCGAAUUCAGGAAUUUAUUAUAAAAGUAAAAGAUAUGAUUUUAAUAUCGGUGACAUCGUAUUAAUUGAAGAUGAAUUUAUACCGCCAACAAAAUGGUUAUUGGGUCGAAUUGAUGAAAUUCAUUCAACUGAUGAUGAUAAUAAUAAAAACAAAAUAAAAUUUGUAUCAUUACAUACUAAAAAUGGAACAAUUCAACGUGACAUUAACAAACUUUUAUUAUUAUAUUCGCCAAGGAUUACUGGUCGGCCUUUGUAUCGUACUCGUAUAAAUAAUACUGGAUGCACAUCAUAUCAAUAUCCUUACGGUAAUUAUCAAAUGUAUCAAGCUAAUUACGGUCUUGGACAUCCGCGUAAAAGAACAUUUACAUCAUCAUUAUCAACAACACCAGGUGGUGGAACUUCAGCAACAUCUGUAUUUAAUAGUGAUUCAACGGAAACACAAGACGAUGAUUCAUCAAUUGAUUUAUUUGAACCAUUACCAUCAACAAACCCAACACAUGAUGACAGGGAUAUCAUAGCAAAAAAAUCAAUAUUAACAAAUCAUAUUAGUGCAAUAACACGUAUAGAAAAUAAAAAUGAUAAUGAACAAAAAAAGUUGGGAACAUCAAAUAAAACAACAACAACAACUGCAACGGUGACAGGUGUAACAACAAAAACAACAUCAUCAUUAAUAAAAACGACAGGUUUAAAACCUGUUUCAAAAAUUACUGAUGGUGUAUUAUCAAAUAGUAUAACAAAUCGUAUCACUAGUGUAGAUGAUGAUGAUGACAAUACCAUAGAAAGUGGAAUAAGAACUAGUAAUGCAGCAAGAAAACGAGAAAUAUCACUAUUUCGUAGAACAAUAAAUAUACUUCGAUUUAGGUUACCAAAAGGAAGAACUAAACCUCCUGAUUGGUUAAUGAAUCAAGUUUCUGGUACUGAACCAACAAUACCAAAUGAUAAAACAAAUGAAGAAGCUCAUGAAGAGCAAUUAACAGCAGCAGCCAGAUUAUGUAAUAGGCUUUCAGUGGAUCCGUCCCUGCCGUCACAUUAUCGGUGGCUGGCAGUUGUUUCUUUAGCAGUGCUUUAUAACAUUAUCUUUGUGGUUGGUAGAGCAAUUUUUUGGGAAAUAAAUCGAAGAGCACCACCAUUAUGGUGGUUUCUUGAUUAUUUAUGUGAUUUUAUAUAUCUUGUAGAUACUUUAGUACAUAUGCAUGAAGGUUACCUUGACCAAGGCCUUCUAGUUCGUGAUGCCUACAAAUUACGAAAAAAUUAUUUUACUCAAAUUCGUACAUGGAUUAUUGAUUUAAUAUCAAUGUUUCCAACUGAUUUAACAUAUUUUUGGUGGGAUCCAAGUUCAUGUAGUUCAAGAUCAUUACCAUGCCCUGUUAUAGUUCGUUUAAAUCGUUUGUUUCGUCUUCCUAGAAUGUGGGAAUGGUUUGAUCGUACAGAAACUGCAACCGGUUAUCCAAAUGCAUUUCGUAUAUGUAAAGUUGUUUUGGCUAUAUUAGUUUUAAUACAUUGGAAUGCAUGUUUAUAUUUUGCAAUAAGUUAUGCAUUAGGUUUUGGUAUUGAUAAUUGGGUAUAUAAUUUGAAUGGUGACAGAAAUGCAACAUUACAACGGCAAUAUAUAUAUAGCUUUUAUUGGUCAACAUUAACAUUAACAACAAUUGGUGAAACACCAACACCAGAAAAUGAUGCUGAAUAUUUAUUUGUUGUUGCUGAUUUUCUAGCUGGUGUACUUAUAUUUGCAACAAUUGUCGGUAAUAUUGGUUCUAUGAUCUCAAAUAUGAAUGUUGCCAGAGUUGAAUUUCAAAAUCGUAUGGAUGGUGUUAAGCAAUAUAUGGCAUUUCGUCGUGUUGGAUCUGAAUUAGAGGCAAGAGUUAUCAGAUGGUUUGCAUAUACAUGGUCACAAAGUGGUGCAUUAGAUGAAGAAAGGGUAUUAUCAGCUUUACCAGAUAAAUUAAAAGCCGAAAUAGCAAUACGUGUUCAUAUGGAUACAUUGAAACAAGUACGAAUAUUUCAAGAUUGUGAACCUGGUCUACUAGAGGCUCUUGUAUUAAAAUUAAAAUUACAAGUAUUCAGUCCCGGUGAUUAUAUAUGCCGUAAAGGUGAUGUAGGUAAAGAAAUGUAUAUUGUUAAACGCGGUAAAUUAUCUGUGGUAGCUGAUGAUGGUACAACAGUAUUUGCAACACUUGGUGCCGGUUCAGUAUUUGGUGAAGUAUCUGUAUUAGAAAUAGCUGGUAAUAGAACUGGAAAUCGUAGAACAGCAAAUGUUAGAUCAUUAGGUUAUUCGGAUUUAUUUUGUUUAGCGAAACGUGAUUUAUGGGAAACAUUAGCUGAUUACCCGGAAGCUAGAGCAUUAUUAAUUGAACGCGGUUGUCAGUUAUUAAGAAAAGAUGGCCUUUUAGAUGAAGAAAUAUUUGCAAAUUCACAACGGCAACACGAUAGUAUUGAAGUUGAAAUAGGAAAAUUAGAGCAACAUGUUGAUAAUUUAACAACACGAUUGGCAAGAUUAAUAGCAGAAUAUGCUGCCAGUCAAGCUAAAUUGAAACAAAGGAUAGCAACAUUAGAAUUAAAUGCCGAUGCACCAAAAAAUCGUGAAGAAAAUGAAAAAUAUCAACGUACCAAAAGUGGUCGUCUAUAUUCAUUACAAACAAGAAAACGAAGAUCACGUCCAUCUUCUGCUGGCGGCUAUUCAACAGAUUCCAAAAAAAAUACUUUAUGAACAUUAGUAAUAUCUUUCUAUCUAAAAAUUAAUUAUCUAUCAAAAUUAUAUUUUAAGGAAUUUUAUAUCAUUAUUAUAAUUAAUUAAUUAUUAUUAGUAAUUAUUAUAAAAUUAUUGAAAAUAGAAACAAAAACAUUAAAAUAUAUAAAAAUUAUUAAAAAAAAAAAAGAGAAAAAAUUGAAAAAAAAAAUAAGUUUUUAAAAUUUUAAUUAAAAAGAAAUUAAUUAAUAAAUAAUAAAAAAAAAAUAUAUAA